AUGAAACUCUCAUGUUCAAGAGGAAAUUGUUAUCAUUUGGCAGAAAACAACGAAUUCAUUUCAUUACGUUACGACUUCCAAAGUUUAGAAAAUUACACGCAAAUUCAUAGUCUUUAUUGUGACUUGAAUACAACAUGUUCGAGAAGGGGAAAGCUUCGUUUUGGACAAAAAAUAGGAGAUGGUGGAUUUUCUAUGGUGUUUCCAGAAUUUCAAAACCACAAUACCACACAGAAUUGUACGUGCUUUUUAUGUAAAUGUGAAAACAAUAUGUGCAGAAAAAGGCGAUGGUUGAUUAAACUCAAAAUUGCAAAUUGGGGAGGAGGCAGAAGGUUCCAUCGAUGUGAUGCUCUUGCUAGUUAUGGAACCAGUUCCCUUGUCGACGAAUUAAAUACGACUCCUACCACAGUUCCAGAGGCAACAGAUGGAUCCAGUUCCCUUGUCGACGAAUUAAAUACGACGCCUACCACAGUUCCAGAGGCAACAGAUGGCGUUCCAACAAUGGCGAUCAUCGGUGGUCUCAUCGCUCUGGCGCUAAUAAUCAGUGGUACUACCGUGCUUGUAUGUCUCCGAAGAAAACGGUACAUAUCAAAUAAGAGACCAUUAGAAUACUCCGAGUCCUGCAUCACAAAUCAAUCAUAUAGAGACACACAGGAUGUGAAGGAAGACUCAGGACAGGACAAUGCCGGAUAUGAAGAGCUUGAAAGAAAUGACGUGCAUGACUAUGACAUAGUCGACGACCCAAAAUUUAAGACACCUACCGAAGAAGAAUAUAGUUAUGCUAAUUUUGGGAGACGACCUCAGCUUCAGGGUCCGAAAUCAACACCAGAUCAGGAAAAAUGUGUUGAUUUCACAAAGGACAGCCAUCAUCAGGAAACGAAGACUGCAUUCCAAACAGAUAAUGGGCAGUCAUACAUCAGGAAUGAACCGAAAGUUCCGUGCCAUAAUGAUGAUUAUGAUCUCGCCAAAUUGGUGACUAAUAGUGAUGACUAUUUCAAACUUGAGAAAACAGGACAAAAUUCACUUGAAGCUAAGGACAAUGAUGUCAAUGAGCAUGUUGAAGCGAUGCAGGGAAAAAAAGAACCUAUUUCGCCGGAGGAACACAACUAUUUCCUCCUGGAAGGAAGCUCUAAAUCAUUACACAACCAAAGAAGUGUGACAAAAGAGACCACAGCAAUUACCGGAACCGGAAAUAAGGAGAUACCUGGAAUUCAAACGGACAAUUAUUUUCUCCUGGAAGAGCCGAACCACACAAAAACCACUGACAUGGCAAAUGGUGGGUAUUCAACAUUUGCGCAAUCAACAUCACAACAUGACGGGAAAUAUGAACGAAAAUUUGCAGACAAGUCUGGUGAAGAUUUAGAUCCUUAUGAUCACAUGAGAGUGGGGCAUGCUCAAACCAAUGCAAUGGACGACGGUGCUUAUGAUGAGUUGAGGAAGCAAAAUCACCGUUACGAGUCUGAGAACGACGAUAAUGAUUAUGACCAUUGCUGA